AUGUCGACACCUCGAAACGGUUCUGUUCGCAGCUCAGGGUCGUCAACGCCGACGAUGACAGCGUCUAAUUCCCGCCAGCAACAGCAACAGCAGCCCACAACCCCUUCUUCAGAGAAUUCGGACUACGUGUACUUCAAUCGCAGCACCGCAGAUUUCUCCUCUGAGGUCCUGCCACGGGCCAAAGGGGCUCAAAUGAAACUCGAGCACUACUAUAAAGUCGCAGUAGACUCCGCCAUUGAACGUAAUACCCGACGCGUAGAGCUGGAACGGAGUUUACAGAAUGCGACCAUGUCUGAUGAGCGCAAGCAGCGACAAUUGCAGCAGCUGGGCAAGAAGGAAUCGACCUUCCUACGGCUUCGUCGCACAAAGCUAGGGUUGGAUGACUUCCGGACAGUUAAGGUGAUCGGGAAAGGUGCUUUCGGGGAGGUCCGCCUUGUCCAGAAGACCGACACCGGUAAAAUAUACGCCAUGAAGCUGCUUCGCAAGGAUGAGAUGUUGAAGAAAGACCAAUUGGCUCACGUUCGCGCUGAGCGCGAUGUCCUUGCGGAAUCAGUCUCGGAAUGGAUUGUGCAGCUGUACUACUCCUUUCAAGACCCCGUACACCUCUACUUGGUCAUGGAAUUCCUCCCUGGUGGCGACCUCAUGACAAUGUUGAUCAAGUACGACACCUUUUCUGAAGAUGUCACCCGGUUUUAUAUGGCUGAAUGUGUGCUUGCUAUCGAUGCAGUUCAUCAGCUCGGUUUCAUCCAUCGGUUAGAAAGUGUUGCUUGUCGUGAGGAUGUUACCCAUUUUCUUAUAGCGACAUCAAACCGGACAACAUCCUCAUGCAAUGAUAAAAACGGCCACGUAAAACUAAGUGACUUCGGAUUGUCAACCGGCUUCCAUAAGCAACACGAUUCAAACUACUACCAGCGAUUGCUAGAAUCUGCCAACAAUACUCAAGCUGGGGCCCAACCGUCCAGAAACAGUGUCAUGGUCAACUCAAUCAACCUCACGAUGACAAAUGAGCAAAUCCAAACAUGGAAAGCCAACAGACGCAAACUUGCGUAUUCGACCGUUGGAACUCCGGAUUACAUCGCGCCCGAAAUCUUCCAACAGCGAGGAUACGGAAAAGAAUGUGACUGGUGGUCUCUUGGUGCCAUUUGCUUUGAAUGUCUUGUAGGAUACCCGCCAUUCUGCUCCGAGUCGACGCAUGAUACCUACCAAAAAAUCAUGACAUGGCAACAGCACCUUGUAUUCCCAGACGACGUCCACCUGAGUAAACAAGCUCAAGACUUCAUUUGCCGUCUCAUCACCUCCGCUGAUCGAAGGAUGAACAUCCAACAAAUCAAGCAUCACCCCUUUUUCUACGGUGUUGACUGGCCCACAAUCAGAAGUAUCGAUGCACCAUUCGUGCCUCACCUCAGGUCGAUCACGGACACAUCGUAUUUCCCGGUGGAGCAACUCGAGCAACCGACAGAGGAUCUGCCCUCCGACUCUGGGGGUUCGGCCAACAAGGAUCUCGCUUUUCUUGGAUAUACCUUCAAGCGUUUCUCUAUAUCAUCCCAUGCUAUGUAG